GAUUUUGCAAUAAAAGCCCACCUUCUCCCCGCCCCUCCCAUAGACGCUGUCUGCCCACACCGAUUGAACACAAGCUUCAUCAUCUGGGAAAUCUUUCAACUUACUUCAACUCCUACUUCCACGCAAAUCCGACACCAUGGGUAAGGAAAAGACUCAUAUCAACGUCGUCGUCAUCGGCCACGUCGACUCUGGCAAGUCGACGACCACUGGACACUUGAUCUACAAGUGCGGUGGUAUUGACAAGCGUACCAUCGAGAAGUUCGAGAAGGAAGCCGCCGAACUUGGCAAGGGUUCCUUCAAGUAUGCCUGGGUGCUUGACAAGCUGAAGGCCGAGCGUGAGCGUGGUAUCACCAUCGAUAUCGCCCUCUGGAAGUUCGAGACCCCGAAGUAUUACGUGACUGUAAUCGACGCUCCUGGUCACCGUGACUUCAUCAAGAACAUGAUUACUGGUACCUCCCAGGCCGAUUGCGCCAUCCUCAUCAUUGCCGCCGGUACUGGUGAGUUCGAGGCCGGUAUCUCCAAGGAUGGCCAGACCCGUGAGCACGCCCUGCUUGCGUACACCCUCGGUGUCAAGCAGCUCAUUGUCGCCAUCAACAAGAUGGACACCACCAAGUGGUCCGAGGACCGCUACAACGAGAUCAUCAAGGAGACGUCCAACUUCAUCAAGAAGGUUGGCUACAAUCCCAAGCACGUCCCCUUCGUCCCCAUCUCCGGCUUCAACGGCGACAACAUGAUUGAGCCUUCCACCAACUGCCCCUGGUACAAGGGCUGGGAGAAGGAGACCAAGGCCAAGGCCACUGGCAAGACCCUCCUCGAGGCCAUCGACGCCAUUGAUCCCCCUAGCCGUCCCUCCGACAAGCCCCUCCGCCUUCCCCUCCAGGAUGUGUACAAGAUUGGCGGUAUUGGCACGGUCCCCGUCGGUCGUGUCGAGACCGGUACCAUCAAGGCCGGUAUGGUCGUCACCUUCGCCCCCGCUGGUGUCACCACCGAAGUCAAGUCCGUCGAGAUGCACCACGAGCAGCUUGCUGAGGGUGUUCCCGGUGACAACGUUGGCUUCAACGUGAAGAACGUCUCCGUCAAGGAGAUCCGUCGUGGCAACGUUGCUGGUGACAGCAAGAACGACCCCCCCAAGGGUGCUGAGUCCUUCAACGCCCAGGUCAUCGUUCUCAACCACCCCGGCCAGGUCGGUGCUGGUUACGCUCCCGUCCUUGACUGCCACACCGCCCACAUUGCUUGCAAGUUCGCCGAGCUCCUUGAGAAGAUCGACCGCCGUACCGGUAAGUCGGUCGAGAACUCUCCCAAGUUCAUCAAGUCCGGUGAUGCCGCCAUCGUCAAGAUGAUUCCCUCCAAGCCUAUGUGCGUUGAGGCCUUCACUGAGUAUCCUCCUCUUGGUCGUUUCGCCGUCCGUGACAUGCGUCAAACUGUCGCCGUCGGUGUCAUCAAGUCCGUCGUCAAGUCCGACAAGGGUGCCGGCAAGGUCACCAAGGCCGCCCAGAAGGCCUCCAAGAAAUAAGCGAUCGAUUCUUUCCUGGUUGGUUUCUCUUUCCCAAAAAGCCUCAGGUCCACAGGGUCUGGGG